GACGUUGGGGGCGCAGGCUCAUGCUGGAAGCCCCUUGGUUUUAAAUGCUUUUUUUGCCUGGGUGUGCACCCCCAGAUCUUGAGAAAUGCAUGAUUCGAAGAUUAUGCCAUUCUUCUCUCCGUCUCGGUUACCCAACUCAACUAAACCUGGAACAACAACAACAACAGCAUCUGCGGGGCAGUCAGUCAUCUCCCCCCUGGAGUUCAGAUGGAGUGAUCAGAGCUCGUGAGUGAGUGGACCUACAUUGUGUACCAGCAUUUGUAGUUUCUCUGUGUAGGCAUUCGAAUCGGCAUAUCGGUGUGCGAAGUAUUGGAGGUGGUUGAGGAGGGAAAUUAUUAAGUGGCUGUGGGAGUGCGGGAAUUCGAAGCCGAAGCGAAUCUUCUGGAGGAUUGUUCUAAAAAUGGAGCGGGUCCUUGUGUGAUGAAAGCCUACAAGCCAGCUUCUCGUAAGCGGAGGAGGAGAAGCGGAGACGCCCAGUUAUGAUAUGGUGCUCGGAGCGCCGACUUUAGUGCGGUCCAUGUUCUAGUUCUUCCUUCUGAUUCCUUCUUCCUCUGAAACCUCCAAUUGCCAAAUUGCAAGCUUGGGGCCAGUUUUUCUUUUCUUUUCUAUUAUAUCUAUCCUGGUACCAGUCCAGUCUGUUACUUCUCCCCCUGCCCACCUCAUUACAACGAUUCAGAGGGACUUUCUGGAGGCACAUUUUAGCCAGCUUUAUUACAUUAGUCGUGGACCUUGAUUUUCGUUUGUUUCUUUUCCAGGUGACUAGCCUUCCAUUUCGGGAGAGUAUACUGGUGAUGGACGGUUAAUUGUUCGCUUUCAGACAAGGGAUUGUGUAGGGUUGAGCGAAAGUGUACGGUGAGUUGGUAUUCUGCAACUGGGAUUGUGUUUUGGUGCUGUGUUUCCUCCAAGAUGCAAGAGGUUUCGGGUGAAAGAUCCGGCUGUUAGAUGUCAUUCUGAUAGGAUCCAACGUUGAUCGGAAACGGUGCAGUAUGGGAGCUAUUCCACCGUUGUAUGCAGACCGAGGAGAUUUUUAAGGCCUGUGAUUUCGCCGGGUUUGAUUGACGAAAGGAAAGCCCAUCGCUUAGAGCUUUUGUUGAUGAUGCCUCUACUCGCCCACUGUGGGUUUCAGGAAGCCCGUCUUUGGAGUGGUCAUAGCAAACGGCAACCGAAUGACUGGGCAAUGUAAACUCCGAAUGCAUGGAAACGAAGACUGCAAUGUUGUUCCGGAUAGCAGCUUUCUCGAGAUUGUCUGCAUUUCGAGUGAGGAAUUUUUUUCCACUGGUUUAGAGGCGCAUGAAGUAGGGCAGGAGCAACAACGCUGGUUUCACGAGGUUGACACCAAUCAUGGUAUCCGUAUUCAUAGGCGAAAUGCGAUGAAUCUACCGACGCGGAGCUUCAGUGAGGCGAAUGCGCAGCUGAGAGACUAGAGCUGUCAAUAUGAGGGGAAGAAGAAAACGAAAGAUCACUCAGGAAGGAUAUGUUCACUCAGGGUAGUCACAUUCUGCAUGCGAGAAUAUAGAAUCAGGCAAAAUAAAACAACUUCUUCUGGUGUUGGCAUUCGAGAAGAGCGGACGUAAAUGGCAGGUUCAUGGAUUUGGGGGCAUCUCGCCGGGUUGAUGCUAAUUAUUUGUGGCUUGCAUUUAUUGAGCGACCAGCCAGGAGUAUCUUUCCAUAAUAACCAUGGUAGUUUCGAUUCGAAUGUCGGAGAAUUUUUUCAUAGCGAGACGAAUUCAAGUGGGCAGGAAGUGUUGGUGGAUUCGAUAGAUCCAUCGAUUGUAGACUCCGAUCAAAUCAGUCAUUUGUUGGUACGACUAUGGAAAUCGGAGGAUCCAAAUACGCGUGGGAAAUCCAGUCACGCAGCAGGCUGGGUUUCAAGACGAUUUCUGGUACAACACCCUCUAAACGCUUCACCAUCAGCAUUGAUUGCAGCAGCACCAACACAAGCUCCUCCCAUCGCACAGCCACCUCUAAAGCUUCCUCCUGCUCGGCCACCUCGCGUGUCUCCUCCUUUACAACCAGAUUUACCCCCUUCACAAACUCCCCUAGCACCCACAAUAGCGCCUUCGCCUAGUUUAUCGCCUCCGACUCCUUCUCGACGUUUAUCUCCAGCACCAUCCCCAUUUUCUUCGUCUCCAAGGAUUGCCUCUCCCCAACGAAGUCUGCCUCCCUCACCGACACCAACACAGCUUGCUCCUUUCAAUGUGCCAUCCCCCUUGCCUGGUUUUUUCGAACCCACGCCAUCGCCCUUGACUGCUCCAGCUCCAGUUCCUGUACCUGCUCCUGCACCUGUAAAUCUAGACCUUCAGGCGUUGUUAUACUUCAAGGGGCGUUUAAAUGCAGAUCCGACUGGAGUUUUCAAACUGUGGAAUAACUCUUACAACCCAAAUCCUUGCAACUGGGUUGGGGUCUCAUGUGGCCAGACGGGUGAGAAUACUGGGCGCGUUAUCUCGGUGAGUCUUCCGGACAAAAUGCUGGAAGGAAACUUGACAAACUGGAAGGAGGUAGGGGAUCUUUCAUACUUGGAGGUGCUAGAUCUCAGUGGGAAUAGGAUAUUUGGGUCCAUCCCAGAAGAAAUUGGCACGCUGAAGUACCUGAGGGUUUUGCGUCUCAGGGGAAAUUCUUUCCGAGGACCGUUUCCUCAGAUUCUUUCUUCAUGCACGAAGAUGGAGGACCUCGACGUUCAAGGGUGUAGCAUCGUUGAUGUCUUUCCAGAGUUGCUUAAAAACUUCACAAAUUUGGCUGCUCUGAACUUGGGAGACAACUCUUUUACAGGGACAAUCCCAAUAUGGUUGGGGUGGUCUCCUGUCUUGCAUUACUUACACUUGGGGGGAAACAGACUCAAUGGCGAUCUUCCGAUCACUUUGUUGAAUUGUACUACCCUCACGUUUUUGAACCUUUCGUCGAAUAAUUUGACGGGAUCUGUUGAUUCCAUGGUUGGGAACUUGGUACGCCUCCAAAGCUACCUGGACUUGUCGCACAAUCGACUUUCUGGUAGGAUUCCUUUCGAACUUGGAAACUUACGAGAAGUUGUGGGGAUCAAUCUUUCAGGAAAUUCCUUCACUGGAAGUAUUCCGCAGAGCAUCGGAAACUGCUCCAAGCUGCAGAGUCUGGACCUUUCUGAUAAUCAGCUCAGCGGAACUUUGCCAGAGACGCUCAGCUUGCUUCAAAACCUCAAUCAUUCGUUGAACUGUUCCCACAAUGACAUCGAGGGGCUGAUUCCUGGUAGCCUUGGUUCUCUUCCUAAGUUGACCAGGCUUGACCUGUCACACAACAAACUGACGGGACCAAUACCUGAAAAGAUUGCAAAUAUGAGCUCGCUCAUUUUGUUUAACGUCUCUAUGAAUAACCUCAAGGGGCAUAUACCAGACAUUGGAAUAUUCAGAAACUUCUCUUACGAAUCGUUUCUCGGUAAUCCUGAUUUGUGUGGCAGACUGGUGGGUCGGCCAUGUCCUGGUGAAGAGGUUAUUCCACAGGGUAGCAUUCAUCAUCACAAGAAAGGUCCCGGGUUGAUAACUAUCAUCGGCGCUGCUGCUGAGGGGAUUGUCCUCAUCAUCUUCGCCGCGCUCCUGAUUCGAUAUAUCAUCCAUCGCCGGCGUCCAGUGCAAUCAGAUACUGUAGUUCUUUUUUCAAAGUACUUCAAAGCCUUGAAGCUGACAGCUGAAGAGAUUGAAGCAGCGAGAGCAUUCACAGACUCAAGUGGGAGCGUGAGCGGGGUGUUCAGUCGAAGUUUGAGUGGGAACAUCCGGCGGGCUGCGGGUUUCAGCAAUAUCGAGAAAGCAGUACUGCCCGAUGGGACCGUGUUUGCGGUCCAAGACUGGAAUAUUGGAAAGUUCAGGAAAAAGGAUCGGCAUAAGAUUGACACAGAGAUGUUGAAUUUCAGCAAGAUUCGGCACCGGAACUUGGUCAGGCUCAUGGGAUACUCCAUGAAGUCUAGCAACCUGAGCUUGCUGAUGGAAUUCAUGCCCAAUGGAAGCCUUGACUUGCAUCUGCAUCCUCCGGGCCAGCACACCUGUCAACUCAAGUGGAAUGAGAGGCUCCGGAUAGUAAUGGGCAUCACAACAGGCCUGGUAUGUCUGCACCACGAGACCUGUGGGAGUGCUGUAGUGCACUGUGACUUGAAAGCAGCCAAUGUGCUUCUCGACUCUGAUAUGGAGCCUAAGCUGGUGGACUUCGGAAUGGCUAGACUUAUCAAGCGGAACAGUAAAGGUUUCACUGCGGCCGCUUGGGUCGGAUCCUCUGGAUAUGCUCCCCCUGAAUAUGGAUUCUCGAACGAAUUCACCAUGGCAGGAGAUGUUUACAACUACGGAGUGUUGAUCUUGGAGAUUAUCACCGGCAAGAGGCCCACGAGUGAAGAAAUAGGAGUAGGGGUGACUCUACCCGCUUGGGUUAGGGAUUUGCGAGGCCAAGGCAGAGAGCAGUAUGCGGUUGACAUGAACCUAUUCCAAUCUGCUGACGAGACGCAACUCAACCAAAUUUUGUACAUCAUGAAAGCUGCCAUUAUGUGCACUUCUCAUGUGCCAACCUCCCGGCCGAGCAUGCUGCAGGUUCUAGGCAAUCUUCAAGAGAUGCCAGAGUGUGCUGCCGAAGACCAGGAACUAAUCCCGGUGGAAGCUUCAGUUGACUCUUCUUCCCAGAACCAGGAUAGUUGAACAUCACUGACAGUAUCACCUCAUUAUCACCACCACCAUCCCACUCCUUUCGUGACAUGCUCUGAAGAAGAAUCUCCGAGGUGUGGUCUUUACGUAGAAUCAUUCAAUUUUUUUUCUUUUGCUAGUGUAGUUAUCCUGUUCAUUUCAUCUUGUUCGUAAAAGCCCUGAAAGAGGGGUGUCGAAUUUAGCGACCACCAGUUAAGUAUUGGUGCGCUUGUCUCCAUGUUAGUGCCCAUCCCACUGAGAGAAUAGCCGUCUUUAAGAAAAGCUCUGGUUCUUUGAGAUGCAACGUCGGCUUUCCGACAGUGACUGGCCAGUAGGAACAGUGCCGCGUGCGGCCAUUGAUUUGUACCAUCACUUGAACAAUCCCUAAGCAACAUUGCUUCUCAA